GUAUCUUUGGGUUUGAGUAUGACAUUUUAUUUUAUUUUAUUUUUUAAUUUUGAUUUUUUUAAUAAAAAAAUGCUUAGGUUUAACCUGAAGCUCCACACGACGGGCACAAUGGCUGCCACGUUCGGAAUGGCGAACAUCUUCGCUCGCCCCCUAGGCGGCUACAUGUCGGACGCAGCCGCACGCCACUUCGGGAUGCGCGGCCGCCUCUGGAACCUCUACAUCCUACAAACCCUCGGCCCUCGGGGAUCGCUUGGCGUCAUCUCGGGCCUCAUCGGUGCAGGUGGGAACUUGGGGUCCAGGUCGACCCAGAUGUUGUUAUUUACGAGCUCGAAUUACUCGACAGCCACUGGGAUUUUCUACAUGGGGAUCAUGAUUGUGGCGUGCACGUUGCCGGUGGCGGCGGUGCAUUUUCCUCAGUGGGGGAGCAUGUUUUUUCCGGCGUCGAAGAAGUGCAGUGAGGAGAAGUAUUACGGGUCGGAGUGGAAUGAGGAGGAGAACGAGAAAGGACUGCACCACGGAAGCCUUAAAUUUGUAGAGAAUAGCAUAUCCGAGAGAGGCCGGCGGGUCGGAUCUGCAACAACUCCACCUGCUUCAACUCCGACAUUCAUGUAGAGAAUAUUGGGCCUAAAUGAAUAAUCGCGGUUUGGUCCAUUAGGGCCUAAGGGAUAAGAAUUUUAUUAGAGACUCAGAUCCAAAUCUACUCUGGCCCAUAGAAUAUAGGCUGAUUCAUCUCUUUCUGGACUAAGAAAAGAAGGCUGAUCUC